AUGCAGUGGCUGAGCCAGUUGGAAGGGUUUAAGAACCUCCGUUCUAGCGUUUGUGAUUGGAUCACCACAUCCAUGACGAUAGUGUGGUAUCGGGAGGCGUUGCUGCAGUGUCCGAUGAAUGCGACUGUGUUGGACGUCGGCAUUGGCACUGCUACUGGUCUGUUAGCCAACCGUGAUAUUAUUCGAAGCAAAAAGCUCAUGCUGACUGGGGUCGAGCACGAUGAAGAUUAUGUACAGGCCGCACAGAACAACAUUAACUGGUACGAGUUGAACGAUCAGGUCAACGUGGUACAUUCCAGCAUACUUGACUAUAUGGGUUCCCAGUUUGACGUUAUUUUUUUCUCCGGUAGCUUUAUGAUUAUGCCUAACAAGGUGAAGGUGCUUAAGUACUGCUGUCGCAUGUUGCGCGGCUUCGGUACGAACGGCUCCUUAGCAGUUGAAAACGAGAAGAAAAAUGGAGUGAUUUUGUUCACACAGACUUUUGAACAACCAACCUUGUUAGGGCUCUAUGUGUCGCCGCUUGUAAAAUGCUUUCUAAAGUUACUUACAACUAUCGAUUUCGGUCAAGUCACAUACGAACACGCCUUUGCCUCGGUCUUGAAGGAGGCGGGGAUGAGGGUCGUCUCGAUGUGGGCAAUCAAGGAGUCAUACUUCCGCAAACAGGUGGUAGUCAUCGCCAAGCCUGAAAAUUGA